UGCUGCUGCUGCUGCCUGGCAUGCGGCUCCUUGUCCUGAGCCAGCAGCAGAGCCCCAGGAGCAGGAGGAGGAGGAGAAGAGCAGCAGUGGCCCAGAAGUGCCAUUGCUGCAAGGCAGGGAGGAGCGGGGCUGCCCAGGCAAAGGCAGCCUGCUCCAGCCCCUGCAGGAGCUGCCUCACCUGCUCUCACAGGGACGUCUCACGCUGCUCCACGUGCUCUGGCGUGGCCGCGUGCAGCUGAGCACCCAGCAUCUGCUGGAAGAAGGUUUGCAGAGCCUGGCAGAGCAACAGCCCUGUGGCAGCCAUGGCUGGUGACCAGUUAUCCUGCUCUCUGGUCAUCAUUCUUCUCCCCGGGUAUCUGUCUGGAUCCAGCAGUGGCAGUGUCCUCUCACUGACCAAACCACAGCCCAUAACACUCCCUGUUUCUGUUUCAGAUACACUAAGCAGAGAACUGGAGUUCAGAAGAGCUCGAAGCCACAUGGUGCCCAUCACCCUGGAUGAAGCACAGAAACACUCAGAGCUUGCUGUGUCCUCUGACCGCAGAAGAGUCCAGCACAAGCCACCUGCCCAGCGGCCCAUCACCGAGGGCCAGCUCCCCGUCGUGGUGGGGAGGGAGGGCUUUGCCUCUGGGCAGCACUACUGGGAGGUGCUGGUGGGAGAUGGUCUGAACUGGGAGCUUGGGGUGCUGACGGAGCCUGUGAAGGGGACACUGAAAGAGAGGAGGUGGGAGGAGCUCCCUGAGGAUGGGGUCUGGUUGCUGAGAAGGGUGAGUGGGGAGUACUGGCCUGAGGAGGUCAAUGACAAGAUACUGUCAUGGAGCAGUGUCCAAAUACCAGCGUUUGGGCUGUACCUGGACUUAGAGCAGAGCACGCUCUCCUUCUAUAGCAUUAAUACUUGUGGCUGCAUCCUGGAAAUCCCCAUCAAAGGCCUUGAAGGGUCAACCAAGCUGUACCCCUUCCUCAGGCCAGGCCUUGGUGAGGCAGGGGAGGAGGGGAAACCCCCCACCAUCAACCACAGCACAGACUGGGACUUCCCAAACACUCUGGUCCAAAAUAAUACCGGAACAUCUGACCUGAGUUUCAGUAAACCUCAUGGAUUCUGUGAAGAGGGAGAAGGUUGA